GCAUUGCAUCACAGCUCAACCAACGUAAUAAGCAUGAGUAAUAACAAACAACUCUUACAAGUUCAUCUUAGUGGUAAUACUAUAGUGAUACUACAAUAUUGUUUCAAACUUUAUUGUCAGAUACAUUGAUAAUAAUCUGUACCUAGUGCAUUUUUAGUAAUUUAAAAUUAAUUUUUUUAGGAUUGAUUGAAGGAUGGAUAUAACUUUCAAAGGGAAACAAGUUCUUGUCACAGGAGCAGGAAAAGGAAUAGGUUUUGGCAUAGCCAAGCGGUUAUCUCAGUAUGGAGCUAAGGUGAUUGCUCUUUCAAGAACAGAGGAUGAUUUGAAAAAGUUGAAACAAGAAGCACCGGGCGUUGAAACAGUUUGUAUCGAUAUCUCGGAUUGGACAACCACCCGGGAAGCUAUCUCCAAAUUGCCAGCUAUAGAUUGUCUCGUGAAUAAUGCUGGGAUAGCAAUUUGUGCUCCGUUCCUUGAAGCAUCGCCUGAAGACUUCGACAAGAUAUUCAACAUAAAUGUGAAAGCAAUAGUGAACAUUUCUCAAGUUGUUGCAAAGCAGAUGAUUGACAGAGGAAAAGGUGGCUCAAUAGUCAAUGUAUCGUCACAAGCUUCUCAGGCAGCCUUAGCCGACCACGCAUUGUACGGCAGUUCUAAGUCAGCAGUGGACAUGUUAACCAAAGUGAUGGCCUUGGAACUGGGGCCCCACAACAUAAGGGUGAACUCCGUCAACCCCACUGUUACCAUGACCGAUAUGGCUCGAGUUGGCUGGUCAGAACCCAACAAAGCCGAUGCUAUGCGCGCCAAGAUUCCGCUAAGAAGGUUUGCAGAGGUGCAUGAAGUGGUUGAUGCAAUCGUCUACCUUCUCAGUGACAAGUCUUCCAUGAUAAAUGGAGUCACUCUACCCGUUGAUGGAGGAUUUCUAGCGAGUUGAUCAGUUCCCUUUACGUCAACGAACACUAGACAACUCUGUUCCAAGAGACCAUCAACAAUGUUUCUCAAUCUUAUAAGUUUACUUUUAGAUAAACGAGAUGUAGGCCAAAAAUGUGACAUUCUAUCAAGUUAAUAGAGAGCAUUGUGCGUUCUAGCAUAGAGAAACAAUAGCGUAAGUUAUUGUUCAAGUAUAUAAAACGUAUGCUAUUGUUUCUCUAUGGUUCUAAUUAAUGUGCAUUCAGAAAUGUUGUAGUUAUGAAGUAUUAACUAAAAUGUAAAGGUGUGUACAGAUAUACGCGCCGCGAACAUGAGCAAUUCACUUUUAAUCAGCAGAUUAUAUCUGUAUUUUUACAGAAACGGUAAGAUACAGAUAUAAAAGAUCGGCAUCAGCUGAUUAAAAGUGAAUUGCUCAUGUUCGCGGCGCGUAAAUCUGUACGCACCUUUACGAGUACAUUCUAUAAACUUGAUUGAUUACUAUAGGAAUAAUAGAAAGUAUUUGAUUAUACAAUAUACAUUUUAUAAUAUCUAGUUAAAAAUAUUUGUUUUUUGAAAUAAACAUUCUUUGUUUGAA